UGUUUUUGUGUGUUUUUUUAUAAACAAAAUUUAAAAAAUGGUGACAGUAACUUGUCAAGGAGCGUGUCAAGAGGAAUACGCAUUGAGGAUGCGAGCCAUCCGGAGGGAGCGAGCCUAUCUCAGGGCGUCCAAUGAGUGGUUUCGGUGGGAGGACACCGAGGGUGAAGCCCUGGAUGGCGAAAAUAUUUUCGCCAUCAAAGAUCUGCACGCCAGGGCCGCGAAAUGGCUCGCGGAUGCCGAGGACGAGGCCUACCUGGCCGGAGCUCGCUGGGAGGGAGGUGUCGGCCCAGACACCCCGAGAGCCCACUGGAUCCGCGCUCUGAGGCGCGAGGGGCGCCAGUUCGAGGCCGAGGGCGAGCAGGUGCUCGCCCUCUACGAUGUCGAGGAUGCCUGGGCCCUCAGGAUCCUCUUCGGGGAGGAGUCCACCCAGCCUGACCUGACGGAGGAGGACUGGUCCCUGGAGCAGUGGGACUGAGAUCCCCCUCCGCCCCCCCCCCCUAAUAAUGAAUUAAAAAAAAAAAUUUUUUAAAUUGUAUUUUUAAUUUUAAGUUUUUUAAAAAAUAAAACAAAAUUUUUAAAUCAAUAUUUACU